ACCGACAUCGUGAUUGUGACCCAUUCACACUGGCACGCCUACUCCCGUUCCUCGUCCUCCUUUCCUUGUCCAUUCCCGCACGGAUGGACGCUCGACGAGCGUACGCCUCGCAAAUCCAAAGGGGAUGGCCCAUUUUCUCAACUGCACUGUUACGACCAGCCAGUUUCUGUUUCUUACAGCGAAUUAUAUUUUUUUUCCUCCAACUUGUGUAGAAAUCGCCCGUGACUCUUGCUCUGAAAGACGUUCCAUUCAUGGCUGCUGUGUUGCAGAAUGCUUCUUCUUCUUCUCCCUCCUCUUUGAUUCUUAGCGUUGCUAGCUCAUGGAGCGACAGAAAUUGGAGUUUGAGUCGCCAUCGUCGUGGUGCAUGGGUUGGGUGCAGAAGAGUCGGGAGUGCGAGAGCUGGUCUUGGAUGGAGGGGUUGCGAGGAGAUGAGUGUGGGGAUGGAUAUGGGUGGAGAUGAGUAUUGGGGAUGGGUGUCAGGGACUGGGAAGAGGAUUUCCUUGAAGAAGAAGCCGGAGCCGCGUAUCGAUGUGCAGGCGCGAGUCGUCGCCAUGGCUCUCUCAGAUUCCACAAUUUCGGAGUGCUACCGUUACCUUUUUGGCGCUUCGUUUCAGCUUCCUGAACUACGCUCUGGUCCUGUUAAUCCCAAGCAUGGGCCUCUCACAACAACACAUGCCCUUUCAACUGAAUCAAGUGAAGAGCCCAGCUCGAAGAAAGUGGUUGUGCUGGACAUCGAGGGCACCACAACACCGAUCUCGUGCGUGACAGAAGUACUAUUCCCGUAUGCGAGAGACAAUGUUGGAAGUUUCUUGAGAUCUACCUACGACACUACUGAAACUCGUACCGACAUCCAACUACUUCGCGACCAAGUGCAUGAGGACUUAAUGAACGGAGUACCAGGAGCUAAAGAAAUACCCGUCGAAAGUGCAGGUAUUGAAGCUGUUAUUGCAGCUGUUGAGGAGAACGUGCAGGCCAUGAUCAAAGCUGACCGCAAAGUAACUGCUCUGAAAGAGCUGCAGGGCCACAUUUGGAGAGUCGGGUAUGAAAAGGGUGAGUUGAAAGGUGUGGUCUUUGAGGAUGUACCUGAGGCUCUAGCAGACUGGGAUGCAAGGGGCAUAAAAGCGUACAUAUAUUCUAGUGGGAGCCGAGAAGCUCAAAAGCAUAUUUUCGGAAACACAAACUUUGGUGACCUUCGGGUCUAUUUGUCGGGGUUCUUCGACACUACUAUUGGAAACAAGAGAGAGUCCAGAAGCUACAAAGAAAUUUAUCUCACAGUUGGAGUCGAUCACCCUAGCUGUAUAACAUUCGCCACUGAUGUGCUUGCUGAAGCCAUAGCUGCGAAGGAAGCAGGUCUCCAAGCGGUUCUCCUUCUACGCCCUGGAAAUGCUCCUUUGCCUCCAGACCAUGGCUUUCGGACAAUUAAGUCCCUCCAUGAACUUUGACUUCCAAUUUUCGAACAUGUUAACGUGGCUCAUUUGGACUCAUUGGCACUGGCCCAGUGGUCCAACGACAUCACAGAAGAUUUUCUAGGUGAAGUGUUAAACUCGCUGAAUUGAAUUCAUUUGGAAAUGACGUAAGAAGGUACAAAUUGUUACUUCUGUCACCUCCAAUCCUGCCUACCUCCUUGUCUUCUUAGCCUCUACUUGGACAGAAAGGAAGUUUUUGAAUUGAGAAUAUGCUCGUCUUGGAUGUUGCUACCUACCCUCCCGCUUUGUCAAGAAAGGGGCUUGGGUUUGGAACUCUUGUUGUGUGAGUGGUCACAAGGGCACCCUGAAUCCAUACCUCUGUUAGAUUCAAGGGUUGAAAAAUCCUGUAACAAAGUGAAGAUAUUUCAAAUUUCGAAUUGGUGUA